AUGAACUCCCUCAACAUUAUCUCGGCCAGAGUUUCCCCUCCGCCGAGCCCAGCGCCGUCACGAUCCAACUCCCUCAGCACUCUGGGGCUGGCCGUAAGCCCCGACACCGACAAUCCGCGGCAGAACCAGACCGAGAGCGCACUGGGCAAAAUCAGCGAGAAAGAUGGAUUGAUGGCCGAACCCGACGAGUUCCCACUCGAGGGCGAUCCCCAAGACCCUUUAGGUCACGAUUAUGCGAUCGACGAGACAACGCCCCUAAUACCCCAAGCAAAGGAGCUUAGCUCUCGGGGCACUCCAUGGGUACUCUAUCCCAAGCGCAUCGCAAACGCCUUCGUCAAUUCCCUGCGAUGGGUGUUGUCGACCUUAGCGGCGCCCGGCGUCUACUUGUAUGCUUGCAUCUGUGACGAAGACGGCUACUUUGCGCCAUUGCAACGGCUCAGGAAACUGUUUGCCUUCUACGGAGGGAACGCAAAAACGAUGGCUCUGGAUUAUCAUGAAGGGAUAGCUGCUUCCGAAAAGCGCCGACACGGCAUAGUUGGGUCCGCCAGCAAAACUGGACGAGGGAGUAGUCGGACAAUGCGCAUCGUCGGUUCAAGCGGUUCCUCCUCCUCAGGGCUCUCGUCGGAAUCGGAAUCGGACCCGGACCGUGCAAGGCAGGGCAGCCGUCGAGGCACAAGUGGAAAGCACUUGCGCUCCAAGUCACUCCCCGACUCUGACGAGAUAGCGCCGGCACAACGAUCCAUACGAAUAAAGCUCCAUUCGGACGAGGCGCUACGGCAACGGAAGCAUCGGAAAGCGCAGUCAGCCAGUGCUCAAGGAAACGGAAGAUCAGGCGACGCCGUGGGCGACAUUUCGGCCCAGCUCAAAUCACCGACCUCGCCCGCCGGCGCCCUCACCAAGUAUCCGAAGACACCAGCCCCGCCACGACCCCUAGUACCACGACGGCAACCCUCGUACAUCAACAACAAGAACGUGGAAUUGACCGACGUCCGACACCAAAAGACGCUGAUCCUCGACCUGGACGAGACGCUGAUACACAGCAUGUCCAAAGGCGGCCGGAUGAGCACUGGACACAUGGUCGAGGUGCGGCUCAACACGACGUACCAGGGGGUGGCCGGGCAGGCGACCAUCGGGCCUCAGCACCCGAUCCUGUACUACGUGCACAAGCGGCCGCACUGCGACGAAUUCCUGCGGCGCGUCAGCAAGUGGUACAACCUGGUCGUCUUCACGGCGUCGGUGCAGGAGUACGCCGACCCGGUCAUCGACUGGCUCGAGGCGGAGCGCAAGUACUUCUCGGCCCGCUACUACCGCCAGCACUGCACCUUCCGCCACGGCGCCUUCAUCAAGGACCUCAGCUCGGUCGAGCCCGAUCUGAGCAAGGUCAUGAUUCUGGAUAAUAGCCCGCUGAGCUACAUGUUUCAUCAAGACAACGCCAUCCCGAUACAGGGCUGGAUCAGCGACCCGACCGACAGCGACCUCAUGUAUUUGAUACCCUUCUUAGAAGGCCUGCAGUACGUGUCGGAUCUCAACAUGUCUCUGCACUACCUCCCCGCGGUCAAGCCCUCGGCUAUCGCCCUAGGCACCAUUUUCAACCACACAGUCGAGCUGGCCGUCUUGACACCCGUCUUCGGCCAGACGUACCAGCGCGCCAAGUCGGCCAACACCAAGGAGGAGUUUAUCCGAUCGCGCGAGGCCUCGGGCGCCGCCGUCGCCUGGGGCACCGCCCUCGUCGGCUCGGCCCUGCAGUCGUAUGGUGUGGGAGCCCUCAUCAACGCCACCGGCACCCUCAGCUACAAGGGCGCCGCCUAUCUGGGCGGUCUUAUCUUUGCCGCGACCAGCGCUCCUACUUUCAUCAGCCAGCUAUUCGUAGAGAAGCGCGCGUUGGAGCAGGUGGGCGUUAGUGUCCUUGCCAAGCUGUUCGAGACCAUCGGCCUGUCUGUCUUCAUGACCUGGUGGGGAACGCACACCAAUCCAUUUGAGCACACUGGCGCUGGCGGCACACCCCUGAGCCGAAGCCCCUUCCGGUCCGAGUAGACGAACGAGGGAAGUGGAACGAACGGACGGGAG